ACUGUACUAGGGAUGGAACAUAAAUCGCAAAAAAUUGAGGUUUUGGUGGCAGCUGCAGAGAGGUAUUUGGGUGUAUGAGACUUGACAUCAGAAGAGUUACAGGGUUUGGUGGUGUCCCAUCCUUUCACUGGUGGUGUCCCAUCCUUUCAAGUUGUUGGCCUGAGGUAGGACUAAAUAGAUUAAAAUAGUGGAGUAGGGUGGUGUUACAUUUUAUAAUUUAAAAAAAUGUGAGUGCAGUGUUAGAUGGUAGGGUAUUUGUUUGUUUAUUUUUUCAACGAAAGUAUAAGGGAGUUGUACUCCAGUCUAGUAGCUGGCGGUAAUGCAACAUUUUAAUGGACGCCAACUGCCGUUAAACCUCAUCAAAGAAGAAGAAUCCGACCAUAGAAGUAAACAUGGCAGACGACAAUCCCGUAGCGGAUGUUCAACUGCCUCCAGCUUCUGAAAUCAGGAAGCCUCGUCCUAAAAAAGCGCCUGAGCUCCCUAUUUUGGAGAGAAGAAACUGGCUCAUCCACCUUCACUACAUCCGUAAAGACUAUGAGACCUGUAAGUCAAUCAUCAAAGAGCAGCUACAAGAAACCGGGGGGAUGUGUGAAUAUGCCGUCUAUGUACAAGCUUUAAUCCUUCGCCUGGAAGGGAAAAUCCAGCAGUCACUGGACCUGUUCCAGAGCUGUGCAAUACUCAACCCUGGCAGCUCGGAUAACCUCAAACAAGUGGCCAGAUCCCUAUUUCUCCUUGGUAAGCACAAGGCUGCCAUAGAGGUUUACAAUGAGGCUUCACAGCUCAAUGAGAAAGAUUGGGAGAUCAGCCACAACUUAGGUGUGUGCUACAUCUAUACCAAAGACUUCAACCAUGCAGAAGAGCAGUUGAACAUCGCCCUGGAGUUGAGCAAGCACGACCUGACCUACAUGAUGCUGGGAAAGAUUCACCUGCUGGAAGGGGACACUGACAAAGCCAUCGACGUGUACAGAAGUGCUGUUGAGUUUUCUCCUGAAAACACGGAUCUUCUCACCACUCUUGGCCUGCUAUACAUGCAACAAGGCAAAUAUCAGAAAGCUUUUGAACACCUUGGGAAUGCCCUGACGUAUGACCCCAACAACUUUAAGGCCAUCCUGGCAGCCGGCAGCAUGAUGCAGACGCAUGGGGACUAUGAUGUUGCCAUGAAUAAGUACCGCGUGGCAGCUUAUGCUGUACCUGAGAGCUCACCCCUCUGGAAUAACAUUGGCAUGUGCUUCUUCGGAAACAAGAAAUAUGUGGCGGCCAUCAGCUGUCUGAAGAGGGCCAACUACCUGUCUCCGUUUGACUGGAAAAUCCUGUACAACCUGGGCCUGGUGCAUCUCACCAUGCAACAGUAUGCCUCAGCCUUCCACUUCCUCAGUGCUGCCGUCAACCUGCAGCCAAAGAUGGCAGAGCUCUAUAUGCUGCUGGCAGUUGCACUUACUAAUAUGGAUGAUGGGGAGAAUGCCAAGCGAUCAUACGAGCAAGCAGUGUUGUUGGAUGACUGUAACCCCUUGAUCAAUCUGAAUUUCGCAGUCCUGUUGUACAAUCAAGGAGACAAAAAAGGAGCCACAGAUCAGUACCUGGAGAUGGAGAGUAAAGUGAUGGAAAGCAGCCAUAAUGCAGAAUUUGACCCAGAGCUCAUUGAGAUGGCCCAGAAGUUGGCAUCUGCUCUCCAGGUGGGAGAGACCUCGGUGUGGACCAAGCCAGGUAAGGACUCCAAAGUCAGUCAGCGCUCCAAGACCACGUCCCUGCAGCCCCUGGGCACCAACCAGGCCCUUGGGCAGGCCAUGUCUUCAGCUGCCAGCAAAAGCAUCCAGCUAGCUGCAGGCUCUAAGGCUCCACCCAAGUCCACCUCCACGCCACUAGAUGAAGAGCAUGAUGUGGAGAAUGCCCCUUCCCCUCCCCUAGGGGACCCUGAGUCAGAGGAUCCCAAAGCCAAAGAGAAGAAGAGCAAGUCUAAACCUGUGGCUGAGUAGGGUCCAUGAUCCACUGCUAUGUGAAGCGAAGCAGUGUAUAGUUGAAUAGCACAUUACAGUUGAAUAGUAUGUACUGUAUUUGGGUUGGAUUGUUAAUUGCAUGUUUAACAUGUUUUGAAUAAAAGUAGGGGGUGACGUUACAGUGCAUACAGAAAGUAUUCAGACCCCUUGACUUUUCCCACAUUUUGUUAGGUUACAGCCUUAUUCUAAAAUGUAUUAAAUCGUUUUUUCCCUCAUCAAUCUACACACAAUACCCCAUAAUGACAAAGCAAAAACAGUUAUUUUAUUUUAGCAAAUCUAUUACAAAUAAAAAACUGAUACCACAUUUACAUAGAUAUUCAGACCCUUUACUCAGUACUUUGUUGAAGCACCUUUGGCAGCAAUUACAACCUCGAGUCUUCUUGGGUAUGACACUACAAGCUUGGCACACCUGUAUUUGGGGAGUUUCUCCUAAUCUUCUCUGCAGAUCCUCUCAAGCUGUCAGGUUGGAUGGGGAGCGUCGGUACACACAUUUUUCAGGUCUCUCCAGAGAUUUUCAAUCAAGUGUAAGUUCGGACUCUGUCCUUGAGUGGCCCAGCCAUUCAGAGACUUAUCCCGAAGCCAUUCCUGCGUUGUUUUGGCUAUGUGCUUAGGGUCGUUGUCCUGUUGGAAGGUGAACCUUUGCCCCAGUCUGAGGUCCUGAACGCUCUGAAGUAGGUUUUCACCAAGGAUCUCUCUGUACUUUGCUCCGUUCAUCUUUCCCUCGAUCCUGACUAAUCUCCCAGUCCCUGCCGCUGAAAAAUCCCCACAGCAUGAUGCUGCCACCACCAUGCUUCACCGUAGGGAUGGUGCCACGUUUCCUCCAGAUGUGAUGCUUGGCAUUCAGGCAUUUCAUCAGACCAGAGAAUCUUGUUUCUCAUGGUCUGAGAGUCUUUUGGUGCCUUUUGGUAAACUCCAAGUGGGCUGUCAUGUGCCGUUUACUGAGGAGUGGCUUCCAUCUGGCCACUUUACCAUAAAGGCCUGAUUGGUGGAGUGAUGCAGAUGGCUGUCCUUCUGGAAGGUUCUCCCAUCCCCGCAGAGGAACUCUGGAGCUCUGUCAGAGUGACCAUCUGGUUCUUGGUCACCUCCCUGACCAAGACCCAUCUCGCACGAUUGCUCAGUUUGGCAGACAGAUUUAGGAAGAGUCUUUGGUUCAAAACUUCUUCCAUUUAAGAAUGAUGGAGGACACUGUUCUUGGGGACAUUCAAUGCUGCAAAAAAAUGUUGUGCCUCAACACAAUCCUGUCUCUGAGCUCUACAGAUAACUCCUUCGACAUCAUGGCUUGGUUUCUGCUCUGACAUGCACUGUCGACAGUGGGACCUUAUAUAGACAGGUGUGUGCCUUUCCAAAUCAUGUCCAAUCAAUUGAAUUGACCACAGGUGGACUCCAACUUGUAGAGACGUCUCAAGAAUGAUCAAUGGAAACAGGAUGCACCUGAGCUCAGUUUCGAGACUCAAGCAAAGGGUCUGAAUACUUAUGUAAAUAAGGUAUUUUUAAUACAUUUGAAAACCUUUCUAAAAACGUGUUUUCGCUUUGUCAUUAUGGGGUAUUAUGUGUAAAUUGUUAUGGAAAGAAAUGUAUUCAUUAAGGCUGUAAUGUAACAAAAUGUGGAAAAAGUCAAGGGGUCUGAAUACUUUCCGAAUGCUUUGUCUGUAAAGGGAUAUUCUGCUUAUAUCAUGGUUUGGCACAGAAAACAAUAAUACACAAAGUACAAUUUAAAUGCUGUUUACAUCUGCUGAAGUAGCAAACUAACUACACUCUUUUUAUGUAGCCUACGGAUAUGGAGAGGUAUUUUCUGGCGGAACUACAAAGUGUAACUCUGGAGGAUGUUGCAACUGAAUGGUUAAUCAAAUGCCCACCUAUCAAGCACCCUUCAGCCAAUCAGAAUCGAAUCGAAUGUUCAACAAAACCGUGGUAUAAAAAAUUAUAAACUGUUAGUGUUACUAACUUGAGUGUUGUCUCAUCCUCUCCCUGUCAAGAUGGAAGGCCUUUCAUAAGAAAAAAUGCUUUUGGAAAGCCAACAUGAUGUGGUCCAAAUAACCUAAAACUUAAAUUAAUAGUCUAGGUGUUUAUUUGCUUCAAUCACUGAACAUAACCGGCGCUUAUUAGAGACAGGCUCCUAUUUGAGCCAGGUGUCUAUAUCCUUAAUGCACACAGGUCUUCCUCAAUAAAAUGUUGAAAAGACUAGCACACUGUUUAUGACCAAUACAAACAUAACAAAUUCAUCACAGAUCAGACUUGCAAAGACGAGGUUGCCUAUCAUACAUCCCCAAUGUCAUGCAUCAGCACCAACAUGAUCUUACCAGAUAGAAUUCAGUAUUCAACGUUUGUUCAGGUCCCCGGGACAUCGGGAGAUGCCUUCCAUUCCAUCCACUAGGGACAACUUAACCAUCAAGUUUUUGUUGCUUUUAAAGAAUAUAUAUAUAUUUUCUGUUUUAACAACCUUAAUCCUUACCUACUUUCACUUCACCCAUAGACGUUUAUCCCUCCUGGACAAACGUUGAAUACUGAAGUGAGACCGUGAGAUCUUGCUAGUUGAGCCAACCAUGUCAAACCAGACUGCUGUUUCACCCAUGGCAAUAAUGUUGCUCUCCUUUCUCUUCUAUUGCCUAAUCUUUACGUUACUUACUGAAGUUCACUCGUAAACAUUUUUUGAAAUUUGAAACAGGCGUUUAUUUGCUUAAAUGUGUGCCGAUGCGCAGCUAAUAAAAGGGGCAGGCAGCUAUUUGAGAUUGUGUGCAUUUAAUUGAAGUUUUACGGUAAGUAUUUUGUGAAUCAGCAUUUUUAAACCGUAGUUGUGUACAAGUUACUAAUUGAGGAUGGUAAGAUCUCAGGGCUCGAAUUCACAAGGCAUACUAAUACUAAGAAAUUCAUUCUCAGAAUUAUGACAUUUUCUCCUAAGUGUAAGAAUUUUUAUGAAAAUAAAACAAAUCUAUAGCCGUAAAGCAGAGACUUUAUUAGGGCUAUUGAAAUAAAUUUUGACUAUUGUUUGCCGGAUUUUAUUUGUAACAAAAACAAUUGAUAAUUAUAAUUUAUUUCAAAUAUCAUUGUCAAUUUUUUUUUUUAAAUGCUGAAUUCUAAAUAAAAUGUUAUUACAAAAUAGAUAUAUAUAUAUUUAUAUAUAAAAUGUAGACUUUCCUGGUUGUUUUCUAACCGGGCCAAUGUUUGGGAUGACCUGAAUGCGAGCCUGAUAGUGGAGAGAAACAAAUGUGAAACUAAGCUUAAUUCAGUCUGGAUUUCCAGGCUAGCAACAUGCAUCAUUAACAUAAAAUAAAACUCUAAAUUGACAUGAAAAUAGGAGACUUUAUUAAUAUAAAAACAUUUCCAAACUUAAGAUGCCAGUUGAGUUCCAGUCUUAACAUCAGAUGACAAAAGAAAAGGGAAUCCAAUAAGACUUUGCAUAAUGGACACUAAUUCACAAAAGUCUGAACAAUUCUUGAGUAAUAAUUAUUUUAUAUUUUAGAAUAGAUUUUUAAUAAAUAAUUAUUGUACUCAUAUGUUCAAGGUCCACAUGAUUGUGGUGAGAGUACAGUAUAUUUCCAGAUUGUGCCCAUGAUUAACAUUAUGGAGUCAACCGUACGGUUGUAGACAAAGUUUAAGACAAAUUCCUGAUUUUCUCACUAAAAUUCUAAGCAUAUCACUGACACACAAAAAAACAUUUGAUCUCUAAAAUUCACAGAUUAUUUCCCCACAUAUUACACAGCUACUUGUACUGGAAAAAUGGAUUUCCAUACUCUGCUAAUCGACAAACAAUGUAUGUACAUAUGGAGUAUUUUGUGUAUAACUGCCCCAUUAUCAAGGGCUCAGUCAACUGAAGCUGUAUUUGAUCUUCAAACCAAUACUAUAUUUUAAGAGAAUGGUGUCUGAUUUAUUUGUGAAAUAUUUACAAAUUAUAGGGCUGGUGGGUGUUUUACGAUGGUCAUACCAAGGAUCAUUUAGUUAUCUGAUAUAGAAUUUUAGGACCCAUUUAGGUAUCAAUAUAUUAAAGCAAAUGUAUUUUUUGGGGGAAACUUACUGCUUACUUACUGCCCAUAGCAACGCAUUGAGUAACAGAUUCAGACUCAAAAGGAAGUUUGUUUUAAAGUGUCUGUC